AUAUGUCUAAAAGAAACGGCGACUCGCGCAGAACCGGAAGAUGACACCGUGAUGACAACGUCGCCGACGCCGCUCGACCUCGACUCCCUUCUCCGAUCCCACGGCGGCGACCUCUUCUCCUCCUCCAGCGACGACGACGACGAUGGCGGCGGCGGCGACGCGGAGCUCCCCCCCGCCGUCCGCCGUCGCACCGUGGAGGAGAUCCUUAAUGACUCCGACUCCGACUCCGACUCAGACUCGGACUCUUCCUCCUUCCAUCUCGCCAAGACGCCGGUUCUCGUCUCCAAAGCCCUGACCCUAACGCCCGAGCAAAAGCCCACGGAGGGAGCAGGCGUCGCGGAAGAAGUCGCGAGAAGGGUUCAAGAAUCGGUUUCCGAAAUCGCGGAAGAACCCUCGACCUCCUUCGAUUGGAGACGGAGAUCUCGCGAGCUCUCCGCUUCCGUCUCCCUCUCUUCCUUGGGGUUAUGGAAUGCUACUUCUUCUUCGUCGUCGUCUUCGUCUCGCCCGCUGCCAUCUUUUUUUGGCGGCGUCAGGCCUAACCCUAAGCCAGGUGCUGCACUCGCGGCCGCGGCCGCUGCCUCCCGCGCCGUCCCGACGCCUCAUGCUGUGGCCAUCAAGAAUAGUAGAGCCAGCAUCGGCUCUGUCUGGAAAGAUCUGGAGGAAUCAGGAGGGGAUGCGGUGGGGAGUGCCGGUUCCGAAGGAUUGGAUGGGUCAGAGCGCUCAGAAGUUACCGUCGUAAGUGAGAACUUGGAACCUGGAGGGGUUGAAGGGGAAGUCUUGGGGUCUUCAGUUGAAGCAUCUGAGGAUGUCCAUGGCGAUGAUGAAGUAUCGGAAGUGGGCCAUGGUUCUGUCUCAGCUAAUGAGAUCGUGACUCCUGGGAAAUUGGAAGAAGAUGCCAUGGAUCUGGUGGAGACCGGUCAGGAACUGUCUGUUCAUGUUAUUCCUGAUGAGAAUGCGCCUAAGGGGGAUGAUGAUUUGCUAUUCACUGACGAUGAUGUUGUCCAUGAAAACACGGUUGACACUAAUAAAGAAGUGGAACCGGAAAUGCCAGAAAUGGAGAGAGAGGACAUUGGUGAGGAGAAUUCUCCUGAUGAAGUAAGAUCUACAAGAGAAGAAACCCAGGUUGUAAGCGAUAUAGAUAGACUAAUUGAGGAGAGAUUAGUGCAGUUGGAGAACAGUAAGAAGGCUGAGAAGAAAGCGGAGAAAAAACUUCGAGCUUCUAUGAAGCCUCUGGAAUGGGCUGAGGAGCUGGAGAAGAGGCAUGCAUCCUCUGGCCUGCACUGGGAGGAAGGUGUGGCUGCACAGCCGAUGAGGUUGGAGGGAAUCCGAAGGGGACCACCUGCUGUUGGUUACUUGCAGAUAGAUAUCGACAAUGCGAUAACUCGUGCCAUUUCUUCACAAUCAUUCAAGCGUGACCAUGGCUCCCCACAAGUGGUGGCUGUUCAUAUGAAUUAUAUAGCUGUGGGCAUGUCUAAAGGAGCUGUUAUUGUUCUUACCAGCAAAUAUUCUACUCAUCUUGUUGACAAUAUGGAUUCCAAGAUGCUAACUUUUGGUUCCCAUGGUGAGAAAUCUCAAACACCUGCAACGUCGAUGUGCUUCAACCAGCAAGGUGAUCUGCUUUUAGUAGGAUAUGGCGAUGGUCAUUUAACAGUUUGGGAUGUGCAGAAAGCAAUAGCAGCAAAAGUAAUCACUGGAGAACAUGCUGCACCAGUCGUCCAUACAUUGUUUUUGGGUCAAGAUCCGCAAACCACUCGCCAGUUUAAAGCUGUUACUGGUGAUUGCAAAGGGCUUGUUUUAUUACACACAGUUUCAGUUGUUCCUUUGCUCAACCGUUUCUCUAUCAAGACACAGUGUCUUCUUGAUGGCCAAAAGACCGGCACUGUAUUAUGUGCUUGUCCUCUUUUAAUGGAUGAUUUCCAUGGAUUUGUCAAUCCAUCUACUCAAGGGUACUCGGCAAUGUCCUCCAAUGGCCUUGGCAGCAUGGUGGGAGGUGUUGUUGGAGGCGUAGUUGGAGGGGAGGCUGGAUGGAAGCUCUUCAAUGAAGGUUCUUCUUUGGUGGAAGAAGGUGUGGUCAUAUUUGUCACCCAUCAAAAUGCUUUGGUGGUAAGAUUGAGUCCCAAUGUAGAAGUAUUUAAUAAAUUUCCUAGACCAGAUGGUGUGCGCGAAGGGUCUAUGCCCUAUGCUGCAUGGAAAUGGACAUCGGUUCAUGACUCAUCACCGGAUUCAUCUGAUAAAGUUUCGUGGCUUGCAAUCGCAUGGGACCGAAGGGUCCAAGUGGCCAAGUUGGUUAAAUCAGAGAUGAAAAGGCACAAGGAGUGGAGUCUUGACAGCGCUGCUGUAGGUGUUGCAUGGUUGGAUGAUCAGAUGUUAGUGGUUGUUACCCUGAGGGGACAUCUUUGCUUGUUCUCCAAAGAUGGAAUUGAGCUUCACCGAACUAGCUUUAUUGUAAGCGGUUUGGGAAUUGAUGAUGUGAUUACUUAUAAUACAUAUUUUUCUAACACUUUUGGGAAUCCAGAGAAGGCAUUUCACAAUUCAAUAGCAGUAAGGGGAGCCACAGUAUAUAUACUAGGGCCAAUGCAUCUUAUAGUUUCUCGUCUUCUUCCCUGGCGGGAGAGGAUUCAAGUACUACAAAGGGCAGGUGAUUGGAUGGGUGCACUUGAUAUGUCAAUGAGGCUUUAUGAUGGCAAUGCCCAUGGUGUAAUUGAUCUUCCAAGGACAGUGGAUGCCAUAAGGGAGGUCAUAAUGCCAUUUCUUGUAGAGCUGAUAUUAUCAUAUGUGGAUGAGGUUUUCUCAUAUAUUUCAGUUGCGUUUUGCAACCAAAUUGAAAAGGUGGAUCUAGUGGAAGGAAUGAAGUCCGCAGACAGUACCCUGCUUGCCGAAAUAGAGGGUCAAUAUGCCCGUGUCGGCGGUGUGGCUGUGGAAUUUUGUGUGCACAUAAAAAGGACUGACAUCUUGUUUGACACAAUCUUCUCCAAAUUUGUUGCUGUUGAACAUGGAGGCACAUUUUUGGAAAUUUUAGAGCCAUACAUUCUAAAAGAUGUGCUUGGGUCUUUACCUCCAGAGAUUAUGCAAGCCUUGGUAGAGCAUUAUAGUAGCAGAGGAUGGCUGCAACGAGUUGAACAAUGUGUUCUUCACAUGGAUAUUUCCUCUUUGGAUUUUAAUCAAGUAGUUCGGUUAUGCCGUGAACAUGGUCUGUAUGGCGCACUGAUAUAUCUUUUCAAUCGAGGUCUAGAUGACUACAAGACACCAUUAGAAGAACUUUUAGUUGUUGUACAAGAUACUUCAAGGGGAGAUGCUGCAUCUGUCGGGUACAGGAUGCUUGUUUAUCUUAAGUAUUGCUUUCAAGGUUUAGCGUUUCCUCCUGGUCAUGGUACUCUUCCAUCUUCAAGUUUGCAAUCAGUUAGAGUAGAAUUAUUGCAGUUUUUGCUAGAGGAUUCUAAAAAUUCGAACUCUGAAGUCUUAAAAAGUUUCAAGGCAUCCUGUGGUCUUUGCCCAAAUCUGUGCUAUCUCCUUUGGUUGGACACUGAAUCUACUCUAGAAGUCCUGCAAUGUGCUUUUGCGGAAGAGGGGCAUAAACAGAUGGAUGAGUCUGUACAAUGUAAAAGUGAAUCCAAUGUUGAACAUGAAAAAGAAGAUGAUUUUCAGAGCUUGGAAAAUCAGGAUGCAAUUGUACAGAACAUUGUGGACAAACUUAUAAAUAUUCUUGAUUUGGAAUCAGAGGUGAUAAAAUCAUUUGUGAUGGAGCACAGUGUGGAUGUAUGGCCAUCGAAGAAGGAUUUAUCUCAAUUGCUUCUGUUCAUCGCAUUUCUUGUUUCCUAUAAGCAAGCUACUAUUUCUGGGAGGGUGCUAAAGCAUAUUCUUCAAUAUUUGACCUCACACGAUCUGGCAUCAUAUGACCCAAAUAAUGAAGCUGAAGCUUCUCAAAGAGAGAAACAAGUGCUCACUCUUCUGAAAAUUGUUCCUCAGGCAGAUUGGAACCCUGAUGAUCUCAUUUGUCUUUGCGUGGAUGCCCAUUUUUAUCAGGCUUGUGGUUUGAUACAUGAGAUCAGAGGCCAAUAUAUUGAUGCUUUAGAUAAUUACAUGAAGGAUCUGGAUGAACCUAUCCAUGCCUUUGCUUUCAUCAACAAGAUUCUGUUGCAGUUGAAAAAUAAUGAAGCUUCUUGUUUUGAGACAGCGGUAAUUUUGCGAAUUCCAGAAUUAGUCAAGCUAAGCAGGGAAUGCACCUUUUUCUUGGUUAUUGACCAAUUUAGUAGCCAGUGUCAGCAUAUCCUAUCAGAACUUCGAUCUCAUCCGCAAAGCCUAUUCCUUUUCUUAAAAACUACCAUUGAUGUUCACUUGUCAGGAAAUCUCAGCUUUCCUGUGCUUGAGACUGUUCAAGGCUCAAAUGGUUCGUUUGGGAAAAUCAGAGAUACACCAAAUGAUCUUGAAGAAUAUGCCAAAAGACUAUCAAGUUUUCCCAAGCUUUUGCAUCAUAACCCGAUCCAUGUAACUGAUGAGUUGACAGAGUUGUACUUAGUGCUUUUGUGCCAGUUUGAACGCAGCUCAGUCUUGAAGUUCUUAGAGACUUUUGAUAAUUAUAGACUGGAGCAGUGUCUACGUAUUUGUCAAGAACAUGGUGUUACAGAUGCUGCUGCAUUUUUGCUAGAAAGAGUUGGUGAUGUUAGUAGUGCUCUAAUACUUAUGUUGACUGGGCUGAAGGAAAAGAUCGAAUUGCUUGUCGAUGCUGUGGAAAGAAUACAUCCUCAGAUGGUGUCAAGUAAUUCGUUUGGGUUGGAGCAGCUUGAAGACAUUUUAAAACUUAAAGAGGUUGUUUCUGUCCAUGAUGUAUUGCAUGCCUCCAUUAGCUUAUGCGAAAGAAAUACUCGACGUUUAGACCCAGUGGAGUCUGAAUCACUUUGGUUUCGGUUGCUUGACUUCUUCUCGGAGCCAUUGAAGUGGUUGUUUGCCAGCAAAGAAGUUUCUAUGAAACAAAGUCAUCAGAAUGCUGAGCCAGCAAAUGUGGUAGAAACUAUGUCUAAAGUUUCACACAAGAAAUGUGCUACUAUUUUGAGAAAACUGUUCUCACAAUUUGUUGGGGAGUUAAUCGAGGGAAUGUCUGAAUAUAUUCCGCUUCCAGUAGUUAUGGCCAAGCUUCUUUCUGACAAUGGCAAUCGAGAGUUUGGCGAUUUUAAGUUGACGAUACUGCGAAUGCUUGGAACUUAUGGCUAUGAGAGAAGAAUUCUGGGCACGGCUAAAUCACUAAUUGAAGAUGAUACAUUUUAUAGCUUAAGCUUGCUAAGAAAAGGCGCCUCUCAUGCCUAUGCCCUUCAAGAUUUCAUUUGUUGCAUUUGUGGUUGCUCACUUACCAAGGGAUCUGCUUAUGGAAUUAGAGUUUUCAGCUGUGGUCACUCAACCCAUCUCCAAUGUGAAUUUGAGGAGAGCAGAAAAGAUCCUUUAGUUGGAUGCCCAGUUUGCCUACCCAAGAGAAAUGCACAUGCACAAAGUAAGUCAUUUUUUGUGGAGAAUAGCUUGAUAAAAACCUCUACAUCAAGCUCUCGACUAUCAGAAGGCUUCCAUAAUACUCAACAUAUGCAUGAAUCAGAUACCACCGAGAAGCCUUAUGGCCUUCAGCAAAUAUCUCGGUUUGAGAUUCUGAGUGAUCUCCAGAAAACCGACAAGUACCUUGGAACGGAUACCAUUCCUCAAUUAAGACUUGCCCCUCCAGCUAUUUACCAUGAAAAAAUCCAGCAGAGACCUGGUUCUUUGAUAGGAGAACCAAGUGACAGCUCACUCAAAAAUGAAAAGCCAAAUAAACGAUGGCAACUUAAGGAGCUAAAAUCAAGGGGUUCGCUGAACAUGUUCCCCUUGAAGUCGAACAUAUUUGGUCAUGAGAAAAAUAAAGUGCGGUAGUAUGUCAUGGGUCUUCUCUGUUGUAAGUCCUGCCGGGAGACAUGGAUGUAGUAUUCUUAGAUGCCGUGGUUCCUUUCAUGGAAAUUACCUGCAUAUGAUGUUUAAGCUCCAACAUAUCUGAAAAGGUUUCACGAAACUGUACUCACAGGCCGAUGUGAAGAGGUUCGAAACUUUGUCGGGUGUUAACGAUACAAUGGGUGCAACCUUGUGGGCACACAGUUGCAUCGGUGGUCCUCCUCUUCCUGAGAAAUCUUCAUGGCACAAAGGCCCCGCUGUGUCGCCCUCGUAAGCAGUAUGCCUGCCUUUUUUUAUCUUUGUUGUUGUAUUGUCUAAUGCCAGACUAUAUGGUCAGAAGUCGACUGUCACGCAUUUCGUUACUUUGACUGGGGGCACCAUUGCACUCACAUGUGACCUCUGAUAUAGUUGAUUCUGUAAGUCGGUUAGUUAUCAAAAAUUAGAAUA